AUGACUAUCUCGGAGCGUCCUCAAUUUAAUAUUAAAUCUGUUGCAAUUAUAGGUGCUGGUCCAUCUGGUAUUGCUUCGCUGCAUGAAUUAUCAAGAGUUACCAGAACUGGCAAAUCGUUAUUUGGUUUGAAAGAUAUAUCCGAGUAUGAGGAAAAAGGCAAUACUGCUUUUCCAAAACUAGUAGCUUUUGAAAGGAACGCAUCUGUUGGAGGUGUUUGGUCUAAAAGCGCAUUUGGCUACAACAACAAGGAUCCUGACUUGCCGAUAAUUGAAGACGACAAAAUUGAUCUGACAAAACCUGAACAGAUAUACAAGAAAUAUGAGAUUGACAAGGAACUGGAAGAAAAGUUAGAGUUUUCAACUUAUGAAAAACCUAUUCAAAUACCUUUAAAUGAAAAUCUGGAAACUAUUACUAAACACCAGUGGAGAAGCUCAGCCGCAUAUGAGGGGUUGUUUACAAAUGUCACCAAUAGAUUCAUGCAAUUCUCUUUUCACGAGAAAACGGGUGACGAGUUAAAAAAGUUGGAUUACAGGUACAAGAAUUUGCCUGGGUUUCAAUAUGCUCGUGAUGUUGGUGCGUAUCUUGAAGAAGCAGUUGAAACCUAUAAUCUUGAAAAGUACAUUCGAUUCAAUUCAAACGUUGAAAGAGUACAAAAAACUCCCACAGGAAAAUGGGAGGUUAUUGUUUCGUUUAUGUCUGAAGCAGAAGGGAAGAAGUAUUUGAAUUGGUACAAAGAAUAUUUUGACGCUGUAAUUAUUGGCAACGGUAAAACUGUCCCAAUAGUACCUUCCUUUAAAGGGUUGAAGCAAUUUGCAGAAACUAAUAAAAAUAAGGUUACUAUUAAACUUGCCAAAUCUGUUCAGGAGACGACCUUCAUUAAGAAUGCCAAAAAAUUACUUUUCAUUGGUUCAUCGGUUUCAAGUAUUGACCUUAUACAGUACGCUUUUCCAAGGGACUUAGAUAAUCCUUCUGUUUAUAUUUCCAGAAGAAGUGCAACGGCCCAUUUGGACUGGAUUAACGGAUGUACAUACUCUAAAGGAAUUGUCAAUAAACCUACCAUUGAAGAGUUUCUGCCAGAGUCCAAUUCUAUCAAGUUUACCGACGGAACAGUUGAAUCGGGCUUUGAUGUUAUUGUGAUUUGUUGUGGUUACCAUAUGUAUUACCCUUUUUUGACAAAUGUUUCUCAAGAUUCCUUAAAAUGGUACCAAUACACCUUUUGGGUUGACGAUCCAACGUUGGCUUUGGUGGGUAAUACAUAUGCUGGGUUUUUCUUUAAUAGAGUAGAAGCACAAGGUGCUGCAUUAGCUGGAGUUUGGACAAAUAAACACAAAUUGCCUGACCGAGAAUCACAAUUAAAGAUUAUAGCCAACAAGCCUCAGCUAAGUGUGGGAUUGAUCAACCAGGAGUUUAUAAAUCCCUUAAUUAAUCUAUCUUUGGAAGGCAGGCCACACCCAUUUGAUGUCGAUCAGAGUAAAAGCGAUCAUGUUGCUCAGAUAUGUCAUGCUCAAUUGACUAUUCCGGAUUUGUUUUACAAAAUCAGGGACGGUCUAGUAGAUCCAAUGAAUUUAUGA